UUUGGUUUUUUAUGUCAGUGUAAUUUCCCAAAUCUAACCAAGUCAGAUAUAUUUCACUGCUCUUGCAAACUAGUCAAAUUACCUAAUAUAUUCUUUUACAAAAUGUCGGACGAACAAUCUGAUGAAUUUCAAGAACUCGAAAGUAACGAGUCCUACCAGGAAAUAAGCCGGAACAACAGUGCCGUCAGUACAGCCGUGGUGCCUCUGGAUACCUCAGAGGAUGCUCAGUUUUCGGAGCAAGUUUUUUCCAAUAUCCAUGAGCGACUAAACAGGAUCAUGAAACGCGUAAGCCUGGCCAAUUCAGCUAUGGCCCAGAUGAAGCGGAAACUCAAGGCCCGGAUUCCCUCGACGGUGGCAGUCGAUGCUGACAAGUUGGCGGGAGGCGAUAACCCACAGAGAAUAGAUAAUACCGCAGGAGCCAAUGAAGCCUUCAACGAAUGAUUAAAUGACAAUUUUAGAUUCAGCUUUAAUGUUCACUAUGGCUAAACAAUUUCAUGUUCAAAAAUUUUUAUUCACCACAUCGUACACAGCCUAGAAAAAUUCUCCAAGUUUUAUGCCAACAGUAUGUUCAAGAAUAAAUUCCAAAUUAACCCAA